AUGUCGGCAGCUGGCCAGCCGCACAGCAGCGAGGCGACGGGCACGUGCGCAGCCACCGCCGCCGCCCAAGGCGCGGCGCGCUGGGUGGGACGGCCGGUCCGGGAGGCCGAGGGCCGCACCUUUCACGUCGCGUUUGAGGCUGCAGGCCAGCAGUUCAACCUCGGCGACAGCAUGUACCUGCGUCCCGCCCAGCCAGGGCUUCCGGCCUUUGUCGCCAAGCUGGAGAGCCUGCACCAGCAGCAAGGGGACGGCAGCAAGUGGGCGGAGGCGCGCUGGUACUACAGGCGAGGCGGGCAGCGCAAGAUGGGCCCCGGCACGCCGACAGAGCUGGAGGUGGGACACGAGGUGAGUGUGGAGGCCAACGAGCUCUUCUGGUCAGACGACUUUGCCACACACCCGCUGGACGCAGGCAAGGCGUCGGCACAAGCUGCUUGGCCGGCAGCCGCGGGCCGCGGGCAGAGAGUGUGGCGGGCAGCAGCCUGCCGCGGGGUGCCUCCCCGCCUGCGCAGGGCCCGCCGCCCGCGGCCGCGGCAGCAGGUCAACGCGGCGCGGGCGGCUGUGUGGCGCCCUGCUGCUGCAGUGUGCGGCAAGUGCGAGGUGCGGACCCCCGCCCAGGCCGACCGGCGCCCCGGCAGCAGCGCCUCGCGCCCCGCCGGCCCAGACACGUUUGUGUGCAGCCGCAAGUACAUCCAGGAGGAGGGCCGCAUCGUGCCGCUUGAUGGCGGCACCUCGGCGGUCAACCUGACGGCUGCGCUGCAGGAGAAGCCGUUUGCGGUGGUGAGGCUGGGCGGCAUCCCGCACGUGGAGGGCAAGGUUGUGCAGCGGGGCCCCUCGGCGGCAGACAGGGCGGCGGCCCAGCCGCGGCCCAAGCGUGUGCGCGCCGCCCCGGCAGCCGACAAGGGAGGCACUCCUGUCCCCUCUAGCGGGCAGCCGCAGCAGCAGCAGGCAGAGGAGCAGCUGCCCAGCAAGCGGCGGCGCCAGGGGCGCGAGGCGUACUCGCCAGAUCCCUUUGGCCCCAGCACUGCCGCUGCUGCAGCCGCCGCAGGCGCAGCCGCAGCAGCUGCCCGCCCCAUCCACAGAGAGGAGGAUGGCAGCAGCGACGACCUCCCAAGCAUCCGCACCACUGCCAGCCAGCAGUCUGGGGGCACCGCCGGCGGCGGCAGCCGCCGUGCGCAGCCCAAGGCCAAGAAAGAAACCACCGGCAGCAGGUGGGCCAAGGAUCGGUACGAUGCGGCUCAGCAGAGCCUGGCGGCCAUCAUGCGGCGCAUGGGGGCCACCGCAGCCGCCCGCGCCAUCGUUCGCCCUGCCCUGCGGGAGGAGGCCCGCAAGACCAUCGGCGACACCGGCCUGCUGGAUCACCUGUUGAAACACAUGGCGGACCAUGUUGUGUCCCCCGCCGGCGAGCGCCUGCGGCGGCGGCACGACGCGGAAGGGCACAUGAUCUACUGGCUGCAGUUGCCCGCCGACGCUGAGCAGGAGGAGGAGGCCCUGCGGGAGGAGAUGGAGAGCCUGAGCAGCGAGAUGAGGGUGGUGAGGGAGGCGCGCCGCGUGCUGAGCGCGGUGCGCGGGGAGGCGGCGCAGGCCAUCCAGGCAGUCAGGUGGGUGGCGGCAUCAAGGAGCACCCCGAGCAGGUGGUGCAGGCGCUGA